AUUGAUUCCAAUUUUUUGUAGGUAAUAUAAGCGUGAACACGUGAUAGAUUGGCGCUUUUCCUUCCCCGACCUCCGCGCUGACAUCAUCUUGUAGUACAAUAGCUAAAUCCACAUUCCUAGCACUCUUCAAUUACCUACACUCUAUUUCUCUAUUCCUUUACUGCUUCAACUACUUCCUAGGUUUGUAACCAUACUAAAGCUACCAGGUGUUGCAAUUGAACAGUUCUCUUAUUAGGUAGUUAGUUAGUCGGUUGGCGGGUGCUUAUUCCCUGUGCAAGGACCCUGAACUGAUCUGUUCAUCCUGUCCUUUUUAUUCCCUGUCGCUUCGUGGCGGUCACCAGGCGUCUCACUAGAACCAAAAUCCCACGAUACCCUCGCCCCCCCGCGUCCGCUCGUACUACAUAGUACAAUACCUAUAUAAUCCCUCGAUUUUCGUCCUAUCCUGUCAUUCUUUCUUAUUCCAUUUAAAAAAUUGCUAGUCACGGGAACAAUUACCUACCUAGUAAACACCUCUUAUCUCGAAGUGCGGGACUGUCGAUCAUAACGACGUAAACGAAUUCCCGAGAUACCCCCACUCGCUACGACUUCGCGAGUAUCUCGUCGCUUAGGACUUCUAUACCGCUUUUUAGAGUACUCCUUUCUCCUUGACCCUUUUUACCCCCCAUAAACGCCUACGAGUUGCUGUCAUCGACCUACAAUGGCCGACUUGCUAACGCCGGGUCUUUCGAAGGCCCACCGACGUGACACCAGAGACGGAACUCGUCGCGCAAGUGAUGAUUGGGGAGUUUUCGACGAUGCGAGAACGUAUUACACAUCCGAUGCCCGUCAUGGCGGAGAUCGAGCACAUAAACGAAAUCGGACAUAUUCUCAAAAUGGUAUCGUUCAGGAAAUAGAGCGCAUGGGACUUCACGAACCACAUAGGCGAGGUAGUCAUGACGAAUCGAGCCGACCGCACUCACGUCAAUUCCUCGUCGAUGUUGACCAUACCCUAGAAAGCUUACAAGCACAGGAAGAUACCGAUGGCAAUAUGCAAAUCACAAUCGAAGAUGCCGGCCCGAAGGUAAUGGCACUUCGAACUGCCGCAUCUGGCGGCCACAACCGAUUCGAUAUCCGAGGCACGUACAUGCUUUCGAACCUCUUACAAGAAUUGUACAUGGCGAAGGAGUUUGGACGCAAGCGAAUCAUCCUCGAUAUCGGCCGUCUAAACGAGAACCCUGUCAGCAGAUUAUCUAGGCUCAUUAAGAACCAAUUCUGGGAGGGGUUAACCCGUCGCAUCGAUGCCUCGAGCAUUGAAAUUGCGGCGAAAGAUCCCAAAGAUUGGACGGAUGACCCGCGACCUCGCAUUUACGUCCCGCCGGGAGCUCCAGAGCAAUAUGAAUUCUACCAAAAGGUUGCUCGCGAUCGACCAGAAAUCCGACUAGACGUCCUAUACCUCCCUGAAAAGAUCACUCCUCAAAUACUACGAGACAUGAACGAUAAGCCUGGGCUUCUCGCAGUCGCAAUGGAACCGAUUAUUGACCCGAAGACUGGGGAGAAGACUCUACGUGGGUUACCAUUUGUGGUUCCGGGAGGCAGAUUCAAUGAAUUGUAUGGAUGGGAUAGCUAUAUGGAAUCUCUUGGGCUCCUAGUUAAUGACAAGGUGUACCUUGCCAAGUCCAUGGUUCAGAACUUUUGCUUUUGUAUUAGACACUAUGGCAAGAUACUCAACGCAACCAGAUCAUACUAUUUGUUACGGUCGCAACCGCCGUUCUUAACAGACAUGGCGCUGCGAGUAUACGAAAAGAUUCAGCAUGAACCUGGCGCAGUCGAUUUCCUUAAGACGGCAUUCCUCGCUGCGAUCAAGGAGUAUUAUUGUGUGUGGAUGUCGGAGCCGCGACUAGAUCCGAAAACUGGUCUUUCGCGGUACCGGCCGGAAGGAUUGGGUGUGCCACCGGAGACGGAAGCCUCCCACUUCGUCCACAUCCUCGAGCCUUAUGCCAAGAAGCAUAACAUGGGGUUUGAAGAAUUCGUCAGGGCUUAUAACCAUAACGAGGUUAAUGAGCCGGAAUUAGACGAAUACUUCCUUCACGAUCGUGCCGUGCGAGAGUCGGGCCACGAUACUUCGUACAGACUCGAAAAAGUGUGCGCCAACCUCGCGACUAUCGAUUUGAACUCACUGGUCUAUAAAUACGAAAUGGACAUUGCGCGCACUAUCCGCAACGUCUUCGGUGACAAACUGGAAAUUCCUGCGGAAUGGUGUAGUGGCACCAUGGUACCAGGCCAAGUCGAAACAUCGGCUAUCUGGGACCGUCGCUGGAAGAGGCGACGCGCGGCUAUUCAUAAGUACUGCUGGAACGAGGAUAAAGGCAUGUACUUCGACUACGAUACCGUGAAGCAGGAACAGUGCACUUAUGAGUCAUGCACGACGUUCUGGCCUCUCUGGGCCGGCGUCCCGGAUCCCGAACGCGCGGCCAAGGUGGUCAAAUGCGCGGUUCCGAAAUUUGAAGCUUACGGUGGACUACUCUCCGGAACGGAGGAGUCGCGCGGUGUGGUUAGUCUUGAGCGUCCGAAUCGGCAGUGGGAUUAUCCGUAUGGAUGGGCGCCCCAGCAGAUGCUGGCUUGGACGGGGUUGUAUAGAUAUGGCUACGCGGAUCUUGCGCAGAAACUUGCGUACAAGUGGCUUUUCAUGGUUACGAAGGCGUUCUUCGAUUUCAAUGGUGUGGUUGUGGAGAAAUAUGAUGUUACGAGGCCUGUUGAUCCGCAUCGUGUUGAUGCGGAGUAUGGGAAUCAGGGACUGGAUUUUAAGGGUGUGGCUAAAGAAGGGUUCGGCUGGGUUAACGCAAGUUAUGUGUACGGCCUCCAGUUCAUCAACACGGAGAUGAAGAGAGCGCUCGGCACGCUGACUCCGUACGAGACGUAUGAGAAGGCUCAGCAGCUGAAGGAGGAGAAAUUGCUUCAGGAAUUGGCUUGAUGCUGUUGCCUUUUUAUCUCAUCCUUUGGUUUUCUACUCUAAGUUGAUAUGUUGAUACGACAAUUACGGAAAGGUAUCAUUGUCCGUUUUCUAUGGUCGGGAUGGGCUUAGAGGUAUGAAAUCAAUCAACUUAGGUUGCAUGACGAUUAUGUCGUAGUCUCAGUAGAGAUGUAUGAACGACGAAUGAAUAGGUAUUAUUUAGUGAGUGAUGACUUGCGAAGUUAAUGAAGUCUGCAAUUAUUGUUAUUCGGAGAUGUGAACAUUUCCGGUUGUUAGGUAGAUUUAAUAUCGAUACCGUUUUCGUUUCGUUUUCGAAGUCGAGAUACUUAGCCCGGGUUAUAUUGUAUUUCGUUUAAGGAAAUUCUCUACCCAAA